GCGCCAGUGCGAAUUAGCCCGUACCUCGAGGCCACCACGCCUACGCCGGGUCUAUAAAGAGUUCUACCCCACCUUUAUCUCGCCAUUCUAUCUUGUCUUUCCCCACAAUGGCUUCGGACAGUGCCCUCACCCAGAUAUUAACACAGCUCAAUGCACUCCAGGUCUCGCACCAGGCCUUGCAAGCCAAGUUGGAUUUAAUGUCAAACCCACCUAGUCCUCAAUCGUCUCCACUGUCAAGGGGUUCCCCCAUCCCAACUGGCCACCAUUCUCCAAAUGGUCAGAACCUCUUGUUAUCCUCGUCGCCUCUGGCUAGCAAGUCGGUUCUUGCGCCUGCCGUCCCAACCAUAGCGGCCUUAUCAGAACACAAGGAUGCUCCUAGCGAUAAGGAAAGAGAGAAGCUCCUUUAUCCUGGAAGAGUAUUGCUCACCACCUAUCCCGACCAACAUGGUUACAAGCCCUUUACUCUCAACUGGGGAGCACCUGACCCUUCCGUCCGUGGUCCAGUCAUACCCUCUCGUCUGCCGUCUUCCAUAAAGCAACGCAAUGCGCUCGGUGCACAUUCUGGUUCUUACUCGAUCUAUCGCGCGCUUGCGAUUGCAAUGGGAACUCUUUCCCCGUCGCACAAGCCCGAUUAUUCUCAAACGGAGCCUCCCGUCUCCAUCCCACCACAGCCCGCAUGGGCCGAUCCACACAAGAUCGUCUCUUUCGAUCCUUGGGGACAUCUUGUACCUCAGGUAUUCCGAAAGGAGGUCGAGGAGCUUGGAUUGGAUGUCAGACCCAGCAUCGCCGUCACCCGUGCUCACAUGAAGAUGAGUGAGAUCGAUGAUGCAGCAAGGAAGGGGGAUAUCACGAUUGAUGGGAAGGUUGUGCUCAAGAGUCGUCCGUUGAUGAACCCAGAUGGAACUGUGAGCGAUUUAGACCCUGGCGUUGAGGUCAAUAUAAGCAAAGCAGCUGUCGAACCUGUCUGGUAUCUGCCCGGCGUUGCAGAACGCUUUGGCAUUUCGGAAAACCUUCUUCGCCGUGCCUUGUUUGAAGAUACUGGAGGAAUGUACCCCGAACUCAUCACUCGUCCUGAUAUCAAGGUCUUCCUACCUCCUAUUGGGGGUUUGACUGUAUACAUUUUCGGUAAUCCGGCCUUACUGUCAGACGAGUCCAAAGAAUUGACCCUUCGUGUCCACGACGAAUGUAAUGGAUCCGACGUAUUCGGCUCUGACAUCUGCACCUGCAAGCCUUAUCUCACCUUUGCUAUCGAAGAAUGCUGCCGAUGCGCUCAACGAGGCGGUGUGGGCGUAGUCGUUUACUUCCGCAAGGAAGGCCGUGCACUCGGCGAAGUUACCAAGUAUCUCGUGUACAAUCUUCGUAAGCGCGGUGGGGACAGUGCCGAUAAGUACUUCAAAUCCACCGAGCUCAUCGCAGGAGUGAAGGAUAUGCGUUUCCAGGCAUUGAUGCCGGACGUCCUUCACUGGCUUGGCAUUAAGAAGAUCGAUAACAUGGUUUCAAUGAGCGACAUGAAAUAUGAUGCAAUUGUGCAAUCUGGAAUUCCCAUCCUUAAGCGUUAUGAUAUCCCGGAGCACCUCAUCCCCCCUGAUUCGCGUGUCGAAAUAGAUGCUAAGAUUGCUGCAGGGUACUUCACCAGCGGGAAACAGAUCACUCAAGCCGACUUGAUCAAAACCGUAGGCAGGACCUGGGAAGAGACUGAGCACUAGAAUGGAAUGAGUGGAAGAUAUCAUCCCUGUUGUUACUCGCUGUAUACAAUAUGUAUGUUUUCUCUGUUUGGUGUACUAGAUACUACCCUCUAUAGCCCAUGAUACAAUGUAUUGUAUGUAAUCUGGAAUGAAUCAUAUCAGUAGAGCCUGGUGUAGACUGA